AUGACCAUGUUGACAAGCCUGGAGAUGAUGUUCUCUUUGCUGCUUCAAAGGAGUAUCUACAAGAAGAUUCAGGGCAUUUUGGCUGCGGACGGCCCUUGCUGUGGCCCCAUCGAGGUUUUAGCGAGUGGCCGACGUUUCCCUCAAUUACUUGCACGCCUGAGUGAACUUUCAAGUGUGGUGACGAAGCUUGGUGCUUGUGGUCCUUAUGCGCACAGUUUUCAAGGCCACCAAGUACCCCUGGAUUCGGAUGUCAUUCCUGAACUCCGUCCAUACCGCUCGCUGGAUGCUUCCAGGCUGAAGUUGUCGGGGAGAGGCGAGUUUGAUGCAACAGAAUUCCUGGACGACGACCUCUGCAUGGCCUACCGGCAGCAGCUAAGGGCUUUCGGCGACGUCGUGAUUUGCAUGGUGACAUGCUGCAUGAUCUUGGCGCCGGGAAUGAUGGUGAGCAGACUUCUGGAGCAGCCUUGGAUGGGCAUGAUGCGCUAUCUUGCCCCUUGGAUAGCUUUAGAGGCAAAAGAAGAUGUUAGUGUGAGGAGGUGCGACUCCUGCGCUUUUGGAUCUCCACACUUGAAAAGUUUCAGAAUGAUGGCCGUCCAUAUGGAUACUACAAGAUUGGCAAGGCGAUGCUCUCGCGACCACAACCAUGUGAUUGUUGAGGGCAAGUAUACAAAGGCCUCUGCUUCUUAUACUGAAGAGUUAGCAAUGGAGAUUGCUUGCUGCUUUCGGGAAGCCAUCCUUGCACGUGAGACCCAGUUGGAUGAGCACUUCAACUCCAUCCACGUCCGGGGCCUUGAGAAUCAGUUUACAAACCUAUGUGCCACUACUCUGCAGUGGAAGGAGGAGGAUGCCUGGGCUUUCGCAAACAGAAGGCAUAUAAAUCUGCUCGAGAUGUCCUCUCUCCUACGACUUGCUGAGAAGAAGGCUAGAGCACCUACGUCGUUGAGGGUUGUGAACCUUGUUGAUUCAAAUGUCAUCAGAUGUGCAGCGGCAAAGGGUAGAUCUUCCUCAGAGGCUUUGUCUACCUUGCUCCUGAAGUACAAUGCCGCUUGUCUGGCAGGGGACCUUUACUUCACGCUGCCCUUCGUCCCUACGAGGUUUAACACUUCGGACGAUCCUACGAGGGGGAGAAAUGUCAGGACACCUUCAUCGAAGAUCCCGCUCUCAGAAGCAACAGACGCGCAGGCGAUGGGCUUCGAACUGGGUCAGAUUUUCUCUUGGGCUUUGUGGAUUUACUCUGCUUGCCUCAUGCUCUUCAGAUCGGCGGCGCCAUGCAAUCUUUUGGUCAUCAAAGGGCAGCUUGCCUUACGGUCUUCGGCAUCGCUUGAACAGUGCCUCGUGCUCGAUUGA